AAUGAUGAUGGUGAUAGUGGUGAUGAUAAUGAUGAUGGUGAUGAUGAUAAUGAUGAUGGUGAUAGUGGUGAUGAUAAUGAUGAUGGUGAUGAUGAUAAUGAUGAUGGUGAUAGUGGUGAUGAUAAUGAUGAUGGUGAUGAUGAUAAUGAUGAUGGUGAUAGUGAUGAUGAUAAUGAUGAUGGUGAUAGUGAUGAUGAUAAUGAUGAUGGUGAUAGUGAUGAUGAUAAUGAUGAUGGUGAUAGUGAUGAUGAUAAUGAUGAUGGUGAUAGUGAUGAUGAUAAUGAUGAUGGUGAUAGUGAUGAUGAUAAUGAUGAUGGUGAUAGUGGUGAUGAUAAUGAUGAUGGUGAUAGUGGUGAUGAUAAUGAUGAUGGUGAUAGUGGUGAUGAUAAUGAUGAUGGUGAUAGUGGUGAUGAUAAUGAUGAUGGUGAUAGUGGUGAUGAUAAUGAUGAUGGUGAUAGUGGUGAUGAUAAUGAUGAUGGUGAUGAUGAUAAUGAUGAUGGUGAUAGUGGUGAUGAUAAUGAUGAUGGUGAUAGUGGUGAUGAUAAUGAUGAUGGUGAUGAUGAUAAUGAUGAUGGUGAUAGUGGUGAUGAUAAUGAUGAUGGUGAUGAUGAUAAUGAUGAUGGUGAUGAUGAUAAUGAUGAUGGUGAUAGUGGUGAUGAUAAUGAUGAUGGUGAUAGUGAU